UCUCAGAUGACCAAGAUUAAAAAUGGAGGCAUUGUCUUUUCAGUGGCUGCUAGUUCUGACCUCACUGCUGAGCUGCACAACAAACCAAGACUCUCUGACUGUGAGUCCCAACAGCUCUCAGUUUUUCCGAUGGAAGUCUGUCUCUCUGAGCUGUGAGGAUGACGACAGCUCUGCUGGAUGGACGCUGUGGAGGAACACAACCAGAGGAACCAGGACUCAGUGUGGAGCUGGCUGGGGGAAAUCAGCUAAUUCUUCCUGUAACAUCAGUCUGACAGUCCCAUGGGACAGUGGAGUUUACUGGUGUGAGUCCAGAGAGGGAGCAACCAGUAACACCAUCAACAUCACUGUCACUGGUGGACCAGUGAUCCUGCAGAGUCCUGUCCUCCCUGUGAUGGAGGGACACGAUGUCACUCUGCACUGUAAAACAGAGACCCCUCCCUCCAACCUCCCAGCUGGUUUCUAUAAAGAUGGCUCCCUCAUACGGACUGAGCCUACAGGUCACAUGACCAUCCACCAUGUUAACAAGUCUGAUGAAGGCCUCUACAAGUGUAACAUCAGAGGUCGUGGAGAGUCUCCAUCCAGCUGGAUCUCUGUCACAGUGCAACCCACCACUACGGGUCCUCCUUCAACUCCCUCUCCUCCUGAUUUCUUCUCUUCCUCACCCACCUCUCUUCCUAGUUCCCCCUCUCCUCCCUUCGAGUUGUGGUCUGCUGUUCUAUCUUUCUGUGUUCUGGUUCUUCUGGUUCUACUGGUGAGACAAUGCCUCUAUAGGAAACGUAAAGCUGCUGAAGUAGAAGUUGGAGUUGAUGACAUCACAGACGACAUCACAUACAGUGAUGUCAAAAUAUUACGUCACCAACAGAAGCCAAUCAGACGCAGCAGAGAGUGUGAUCCAGCUGUAGUCUACACAGCAUUGAGAGGAACAGGAGACGUCAGUUAUGGACAAAUAGUGAUCAAAGACAACAAAUCAAACAGGACGAGAGAGAGUGAUCCAGCUGCAGUCUACUCAGCAGUGAGAGGAACAGAUGACGUCAGUUAUGAACAAAUAACCGUCAGACCAAACAGGACGAGAGAGUUUCCAGCAGAGACAGAGGUCGUCUACUCUUCACUGAGGAAGACCUUUGCACCUUCACACCAGUCCAACCACUGAUGUCCAGUUGACCUGUAACUGGUCCCCAGAGCCCCUCACACCUCAGCACAUCCAUUUAUUAUAUUUCAGUGUUAAAGCUAAAUUAGACUCAGGCAGCUACAAAGAAACAGCGAGGUCAGAUUUUGUGCCUAGUUUAAAUCAAAAUAUACAGUAUAAAACCAGUGACUAAAAAACAAACAAGAGUAAUUAAAUUGUUAAAAUACUUAUUUAAAGUCCCUGUAAGUGUUUCAGUAUUUAGUACACUUCACCGACAUGUUACAUGUUUUGUUGUACUUUCAUUCAUUUAUUUCUACUGAACAGAAUCUAAUGAAAUAUUACAAGUUUUUUUUUGUAGGUAAUGUAACUUUAAUGUUAUUUAUAUUUCAUUUCACUUUUUUUGUUUCUUGUUGCCGCAGCAGUGAACUUGUUUCUUGGCAGAAUCAAUAAACUUUGGUCUCGU